AGCACCGCCCUUAGGCGGGCCCUCCCCUCCGGCCGACGCCACUCAAUCCCCCUCCCCUUUUCGGCGCAGGACCACCUUAUAGGAGAGCGUAUGUCGACUUGAGAGUUCAAUUGGUUGAAGCUCUCUGAAGUGAUAUAUAGAAGCGCAAUUGGUCGAGAUAUCUUAAUUGCUCAAGUAAAUUGAAGCUCAAAUGCUCAAUUGAUGUCAUACAAUUCCAGAAUAAUCAAGUGAUAUGAAGGAAAAUAUAUGGCAGCAAGAUGGUGUUCAGACUUUUCUACACCAAUUCAGAAUGUGAGUGAAAUUAUGAAAUUAAUCGAUUAUACGAACAAUGGGCAACUAUGACCAAAACGAGAUCAAAUAGUAAAGGCUUACAUUUCAGGAGGGUGGUUGGGCCGGCGCCGAGGGAGGGGAGGGUGUCCUGGCGGCGGCCGGCGCUUGGAGGCAGGGGGUUAGGCUGGGUGUGUGGCAGUGAGGGUGGCUGAGUUCAAGGCUCUGGUUUUUUUUAUUUUAUAUUAAUAUUAUUUUUAUUUUUUGAUUUAAUUAUUUUUUUGAGUUUUUUUUUUAUUAUUUUUUAUUUUCUGCUUUAAAUUUUUUUCUAACCAAUAAUAAAAUGACACGUGUUUGAUAACUUGUAAUAACAAGUUGAAUGAUUGGUUGGAUUGUCUUUAGGCGGAUGGAUUAUAAAGUUAAGAUUAUUAAAAAAUAAUCGAAAAUUAAGAUUAUUUUGGACAGCUGAAGGAAAGUUGGGAUUAUUUUCGGCAAUUUUUCCUUUUCCAAAUUAAAAUCUUAAUUUUUCUGGUUCAUAAAUCAUCAGCACAGUAGACUCUAAACACUAGACUCCAGCAGUUGAGCAAAGGUGUUUUGGACCCCACAAUUCCCCGCCAAUUUCAUCAGCAUUAUCUUCUUCUCCGGAUUCUCUCCUAUCUCUGUUUCUCCAAACUUCUUCACAUUCCGAUUAUGGGUAAUGGGUUAGCUUCAAUUUCAUAAAAUGCAUUCUCAGAUUAGCAAAUUUCCAACCCAUUUCCCCAAUUUUCCCUCUAUUUCUUCCCAAAAUGAUCAUCAUUUUUAUACCCAUUUUUCUCCAAUCUUCAAUAAUCUUUCUCCUAAAAAACCCCGCAAAUCCAAUCUCAAGCGUCUUACUUCUCGUAUUGUGCAGUUAACUCGUCGCAGGCAACUCAAUCAGGUUUUUGAAGAAAUUGAGGUAGCGAAAAAAAGAUAUGGAGGGAUUAAUACAAUUGUGAUGAAUGCGGUGUUAGAGGCUUGUGUUCAUUGUGGUGAUAUUGAUUCUGCACUGAAGGUGUUUGAUGAAAUGUCUAAGUCAAGGAGUUGCCGUGUUGAUAGUGUCUCUUAUGGUACUCUGUUGAAGGGUUUGGGUAAAGCUCGACGAAUUGAUGAAGCAUUUCAACUCCUUGAAGCAGUGGAGCGAGGUAGUGCCGUUGGGAAUCCAGAAUUAUCAGCAUCGCUUCUCCAUGGUUUGCUUAAUGCUCUUCUUGAUGCAGGAGACUUACGCCGUGCCAAUGGUCUUCUUGCACGCUAUGGAUUUGUGUUCCAUGAAGGUGGGGGCCCUUCAAUCUUGAUAUACAACUUGUUAAUGAAGGGAUACAUAAGUUCAGGCUCUCCCGAGGCUUCAUUUACUGUACACAAUGAGAUGUUACGCCAAGGCUUAAAACCGGAUAAGCUUACCUAUAAUAUGCUUAUCCUUGCUGCAGUGAAGACAGAAAAACUGGAUUCUGCAAUGCAAUAUUUGGAGGAAAUGAAGGAUGCUGCACUGAAGUACAAUUCUGACUAUCACUUUCCGGAUAAUGUAACAUAUACUACUCUAUUGAAGGGUGCUGCACUUGCUAAAGAUAUCCAUCUGGUUCAGAAGAUAAUGAUGGAAAUGCAAACUUCUGAAAAGUUUUCUACUGACCGAGUUGCCUAUACUGCACUUGUUGAUGCUCUGCUAAGCUGCAGCUUAAUCAAUGGUGCUCUAUGUGUUUUCGGGAAGAUAUUAAAGAAGGCAGGAGAAAAUUCAGAUCUGCGGCCAAAGCCUCACCUUUAUCUUUCCUUGAUGCGUGCUUUGGCUCACAUUGGUGAUUUUUUGAUGGUGGAGAACUUACACAAUCGCAUGUGGCUGGAUACCUCAGGAACCAUCACUCCUGCAACUCAGGAAGCAGCUGAUCACUUUCUAAUGGAAGCUGCUUUAAAUGCUGGCCAGGUUGAAGUUGCUGUACAGAUACUUUCAAAUGUUAAUGCUAGAUGGAAAGGACUAUCUUGGACAAGUCCUGGUGGCCUGGCUGCUGUACGCCUUGAGGCUUUGUUGGGCUUUGACCGGUCCAUAUUUUAUCCCUAUAUUCUGCCCCAGGUAUCAGUAGAUGAUACAGUGGAAAGUAUCAUGAUUCCAUUUGAAGAAGCUCGCCCUCUACAAGCUACCUUAAUGCUCAAGGAAGUGACCAUGCGUUUCCUGGAGGAAUCAGUUGUGCCGAUCAUAGAUGAUUGGGGCAAUUGUGUGGGACUACUGCACCGCGAAGACUGUACAGAUCUAAAUAAACCACUAUCAGCAAUGAUGAAGAGCCCUCCUUAUGUAGCAGCCUCAACCUCCGCUGGCCGUGUGAUUGACCAAAUCUUGGAGAAACGGUACGAGAUGGUGAUAGUUGUAACAUAUAGCAACAUGUACAGUUCUUCCGGCUCUAGGCCUGUUGGAGUGUUUACUUCUGAGCAAUUACACAAGCUUAUUAAUAAGCCUGCUUCAAAAUUGUCAGAACAAAAUUCUUCACUAUAUCCUCCAACAACAGCACAGGCUGGGUCAAGUAAUGCUGCACCUGCAACUGCUGUGUCAAGCCAGCCUGCAACAAGAACAGAGCCUUUGCCAACUCAGCCUGUUACCAGGAGCAACAGGAGCCUGAGUCAGCCCACAAGAGUGCCAACAACUACUCCUCCCAAAGUCAAAAUACAGACCAGGUCCAAGCUUCAUGUAAUGACAAGCAAGAAGGACAAGGAUCUCAAUCAACUGUGACCCUAGGUCUACUCAUUAGUAUUUUGUAAUAGACAACCAAGUUUAUUUGGUAGUUGAACAAUGAUAGUUGAACAAUGAUUUUGCACAAAGGUGCCUUAACUUUUGUCUCAGCCAAUGUAAAACAAUU